AUGAUUUCCUAUCGUCAUCCUCACCAAGCUCUAUGGAAUGCUCAAUUGACGCCAUUCGUUCGUUAUAAUUACGCUGGCAUUGCAGAUUUGGAAGAAAUAACAACAAGAAAAAGAAAGUUUUCGUCAGACAAAGGUUCAGAUCUCGUGAAAUCUGAAUAUGUAAAUCCGAAGACAAAAGUUGCCCAAAUUUGCAACGUUUCAAAGCAGUCAGAGCCAGUCGUCAAGGUAAACACUGACAAACGAAAAAAGAAAACUACUUUAUUCACCAUAGCCGCAAUACUGGGGCACUCGACCGAGGAAAGUCCAAGAAAAAAGAGAAAACUUCAGCUUACACAUCCAACAAAUAGAAAAGAUGAUUCAAUUGAUUCGGGAUUUUCGUCAUCUGGAGAAAAUGACGAAUCCAUUGUUGUUAGUACAAAUGACGACAGCGGAAUUUGUUUAAAUGAUUCCAAUGAGCAACGACAAGCACCAGGCAAAUUUCAGUCUGCUCAAUCGCAGCUAUACCAACCCAAGAUAGAAAACAUACGACCACCUUUGGAAAGCUUCAAUCACAUGUAUAUGCCUGUCAAUGGUGUACAAUAUUUUUAUCAAAGCUUCAACCGAUUUAGGCAACAAAACUCGAUGCCUAAACAUCAACAUGCUAUCUCAUAUGCACCGAUGCAAGCAAUAGCUUUCGUAGAUCAAGAAAUCCGGCCAAUUUCAACAACUUCCAGAUCUCAAAAAGCGGAAAGCAGUAAAAGAACAAGAACUACAUUUACUCAAAAACAAUUGGAACGUUUGGAAAUUGAGUUCAGCAAUCAUCAAUACAUGGUUGGAAUUGAAAGACGGGAACUUGCUAAAAAACUCAGAUUGACAGACGCGCAAGUAAAAGUUUGGUUUCAAAACAGAAGAAUCAGGUAUAGGAAUGAAAAGAAGCGAGAACCCGAAGAAGAAACCAAAAAACUCGAUAUCCUCAAACGUGAAGCGAGUAGAGAACCUUAAGAAUAUUUCUCUGUAGUAUAUAUAUAUAUAUGUAAGUUUCAAAGUUUCAAUCGCUGUUUUGUUAUCGUUUGUACAGUUCUUUUUGCACAAAAUUUUCAUAAAAUAAAAUUGUUCGAUGAUAUCUAAACAAAGUAUUUAUUUACCCCUGUGUGUGCAUAUAGGACAACCUUCUCCACGCCGAACCAAAAUCAACUCCUUGCGAGCCGAACA